UUUAGAUAUUAUGAUUUUAUCUGUACAAGGUAUAGGUAUGCUUAGUGUGUGUUUUAUGAUUUUGAUAUUGGAGGGGGCUGUCCGUGUAUUGCUCACAGAACGGCCUGCGGGCAGAUCGGACUUGCUGGUGGCGGAUUGCGGGCGGACUUUUAAGCGGCCGGACUUGUAUUUCGUAAGGAAGCAAAAACACUUCCUUACAAUAUGCAAAUAAAUACGCAACGCUGACGUGUUCUGACCCAAGGAUGAGCGCUACUGAAAAUGGUUCGGAUAGGUUCAUUUUUUCGAUCACUUCCCAUAUAAUGCCUCGGUUUUGCAAUUUGCAGAAGUUCGCAACAAAACUCACUUAGUGACAGUAUUUCGGCAUUCCACAUUGGUGUCAGAACUUUUGAUCGGAUGGGCAAAAUUUCGAACUCCUUGUCAUACAACCGUUGCCAGGGAAAUUAAAUUUGUUUAUGUUCUGAAUAUCUAAUUUGCAAUGUUUCAAGGUGAAAAUUGGUUCAUAAUAGGGUUUACAUUUCGUGAGAAUCCAUUAAAAACCGCAUGUAAAGAUAAAAUCUUACAUAAGGUGAAAAGGGCUUAAUUGUUAAUGUUUUAUGAUGAAAAUUUAUGCAUAGUAGUAAUUUGACAUAAAAAUUAAGUGGACUAGAUUUAAACCACGUGGGUCUAUUUCGUGGACAACACUUCAUAUUGUAUUGAAAGUGGGAGGGGUGAAAAAAUGGGAACCUCAUGAAUGAAGAGAGGUUUUAAUAAAUGCACGAGAAAGAAGAGAUUCCCUAAGACUCUUAUGUCACGGGUGAUUUUGGUUGUAGUGUGAAUAAGCACUAAGCUGCUCUGCUAUUCCGCUAAGGCCAUCACCCUUUAUUGUGACACUAUAAAACAAUUGAAUAAAACUUUGAUUUUCGCUCUUAACGCCAAGGCAAGCUCGGCAAUGAAAAGUCAAUUCAAUUUUGUAAAUUAUGGUACUUAUAUAUUAAAAUUUUAGGCUAAGUUCCUUUAUAAGUAUUCUUUUGCUUAAAUUGUAAUAUGCUGAUUUUAGCAAUUAUCGUAAUUAGGUUGUAUUCUCUCAAACGUUUGCAAAGCAGAUGCAUAAACAAUUCUGCCUUUUUAAGCGAUUAUGCGCUAUAAUAUACAUAUAAAUGCGUAUGAAUGAAAAACACGAAGUAGUAUGUAUGUAUGCGGCGAAUGUAAACUGUUUCAAUUUCAUCGUUUAUUUUCAAGAAUUCUACAUUCUACGCUUGCCAAAUGGUUUGUAAAAUUUGAAUUUUCUUGUCAGGAAAUAUGAAGAAGUUUUUUUAUUUUUAUUAACGCUAUUUUAUUUGAAUAGUGGAAGAAAGGGCAAAGACAUUGUAUAAAAUGUUUGUAACGUAAUUUAAAAUGCUUAUGGAAAAAUGCGCGGAGUUUUGGAAAGUAGCAGAAUAAAGCAGUAUAGGCAAACAAACGUAAUGUGUAUGACAUUGGAUACAUAUAAUAUUUAAGACAAUCGUAUUAUUAAAGGUUUUUGACGUUAUAGUUGGUUUAAUGGUAGAACAAGGAAAAAUAAAACAAAAUGAAAAAGAUUUUGCUGCUAUUCACAUUUUUUGUUUUAUACGCAUUUGAGAACAAGUAAUGGUGAUAAGUCAAUUAAUACGGUGCUUUGGAAAGCGGCUAUACCACAAAAUUAUCAGCCUCAAUCUUUGCAACGACAACAUCAUUAUCAACAUCAUCAUCAGUAGCAGUGUAUGGUACUAAUAUCUUCGAAACUUUCUUUUUUUUUAAUCAAUAAUAUUUGAAUAGUGUUUUUGUGGGUUAAUCAAAUGAUACAAAAAUUCGAUAUUCAAAAAAAUACUGUUAUAUUCAAGCUUACGUUAAAUACCUUCACUGUCGAAGCAAAACUACAAUACGUUGCGUAACGUGUGGUAUGUCACCACUGAUUCCCUUUAAAUUAAAUUCGUUGGCACAAGUUAGCGUUCCCUCAUUCUGUACAAUGAACGUCAGCGUUUCAGAUAUUACUGAGUCUGUCAGUAACAAAACAGUCACAAAUAAGCCGGCAAGUUCUUCUGAUUUAAGCUAUACUGAAGUGGCAAGGGUAUCUCCUCCCAGUGCGGUCACUCACUCUACUCAGACGUCAUCGCCUAAAAAUAAUAAAAGGCAAAAUAAAUCAUCCUCUCCUCCUGGCUGGUCGAGUGUGAACGCUGGUCACCAAACUGGGCAUGUCGCACAAGCUGCUCCAUUGGUAACCCCAUCUAUAUUUUCCCCAGCUCAAAACUCUGCAGUCGUGAACUCUACUGCUCCUAGCUGUAAUGACACUUGCUUGGCAGCAGUUCCUCCCAGAAAAGGUAUAUUUGUGUUAAGGUUGGAACCUGGCACAUUUGCGGGUAACAUAAAAAGUUAUCUGCCGGCGAAAAUCCCAUCAGUCAAUUUAAAGCGCGUUAGCAUUUUCAAACUGGCUCCUCCUCAAUUUAGGGCAAUCUCCCCUUUUAAAAUGCUAGUUCCGACUGAAAACAUCGAUAUGUUGUUAAAUAAACCAUUGCGGCCAGUUGGAUCCUUAAUUAAGGAAUUUAUCCCUCGUAAUGGAGCCCGUAAUAUUAAAGCAAUAGUCCUGUCGCCUUCAAAAAACUAAAUGUUUCUUUAGGCUUAUUAUCUCUCAUUUAUCAAAAUGUUAGGGGCCUAAAG